AUGCCUGACGCUGCUAGGAACUCUGCAGUCCAACCUGCUUCACAAGCGAUCGGCACUGCUGAACGAUGUAAUAUGCCUAGUUCGACAUCGCGGAAGCUUGAGAUCACCCGGCCUACCACUCACAUACCCCCCAGCAAUCGUCUAGGCUUCGAGGUUGCCAUUAUCUGCGCUCUGCCUAUUGAAGCGGAUGCUGUCAUUUCGUUGUUAGACGAGCACUGGGAAAAAGGCACCCAGAGAUAUGGCAAGGCUGCGAAGGAUCCUAAUGCCUACACUGCAGGCCGUAUUGGUCACCACAAUGUGGUCGUGGUACAUAUGCCGAGUAUGGGCAAAAUCAACGCCGCCGGUGCUGCCCAGGGUUUGCGUUCUAGUUAUCAAAAUAUCCAACUUGCUUUGGUCAUCGGGAUCUGUGGAGCAGUGCCCCAGGAUCGGCGCUCCGGGCGAGAAAUCUUCCUAGGGGACGUCAUUAUUAGUCGGGGACUCAUUCAAUACGAGUUUGGCAGGCAAUAUCCAACAGUGUUCGAAGCCAAAGAUAGUCUAGAAGGUGGAUGCGGGAAGCCACCUGCAGAGAUUCGAUCGAUUCUCGCGAAACUGGAGACACGGCACCAUCGACGUUUGCUGGAACUCAAUACAGAUCUCCUUUUGAGAGGCCUCCAGGCAGAGGCCGAAACAUCGGCCUACCCUGGUCCCUAUGCAGACAAGUUGUUCGACUCUUCUUCACUCCACAAGCACCGCAAAAGUUGCCAGACUUGCGAAAGUGAGGGCUCAUUUCACAUAUGUUCCGACGCCAUUCACAACAGUUGUGAGGACCUGGGUUGUGAGACGGAUGGCCUGGUGCGACGUACACGGGGCAAGACUCACGCCCGACCUGCAGGCACAGUCGAAGGAUGGUCAUAUUCCCCGUCGAUCCAUAUCGGCAACAUGGGAUCGGGUGACACUGUGAUGAAGUCUGCUGCACAUCGAGACGAAGUUGCACGAAAGUACGAUAUCAUCGGAUUUGAGAUGGAGGGCUCUGGCAUCUGUGACUUCUUUCCUACUCUGGUGAUCAAGGGAGUGUGUGACUAUGCCGACAGCCACAAAAACAAAAAGUGGCAGAUGUAUGCCGCGGCCACGGCGGCGGCGACCACGAAAGCCUUUCUCGAGGAAUGGAGGCCCAAGGCGGCAUCUCCAGUGGAUACAAACCUUCACUAG